UCGAAUAGUUGAGAUUGAGAAAAGGUGAUAUUAUUCGAGGACGGAAAUACCAAUUAAAUUAAUUAGCAGUUUAGCAGAGCAAAGAGAAAGGGAAAAAGAAAAUGAAGGAGUAGAAGAAGAAGUAAUUUAAUUGUUGUUGCAAAGGAGAAGGAGGAGAAGAAGAAGAAGAAGAAAGGCAUUUUAUAUACACACACACACACACACACACACACAGUUAUUUGAUUUGAUUUGAUUUGGAAUCUAGGAAUGGAGAGAAAGAGAUAAAAAUGUUGAGAGAAACAAUGGAAGACGGCGAUCAGAAGCAUCUCCUCCUCAAAUCCAAUUCAUCAAUUACACAACAACACGAUGACCAUGACCAACAACCACUAGUACUUGUUGUAGACAAUAACGACUUGGAAGCAGCACAAGCAGGAGGAGGAGGAGGAGGAGGAGGAUUCAACAGAAGCAGCAGUGAUAAUAGCAGAGGAGGACAUAAGAAGACUGCUGCUAUCAAAGAUCUGAUUCGAGGUUUCUCAGGUCGUCGUCCCUCGUCCUCUCUCAACAACAGCAAUCUUCAUUAUCAUCAUCUAGACGACGAAGACGACGACACUCCAUCCAUAUCAGAUCAUGACCACCGUAAAAAUCGUAAUUAUGACCACCGUGUUAAGAAUAUUAAUGAUCACGACGACGACGACGUUUUAGAGAAUGGUGCCACUCCUGAAUGGGCCUUGCUUCUUAUUGGUUGCCUUCUCGGUCUCGCCUCCGGUCUCUGUGUCGCCGCUUUCAAUAAAGGGGUUCAUUUAAUACAUGAAUGGGCCUGGGCUGGGACUCCAAACGAGGGUGCUGCAUGGCUUCGUCUGCAAAGGCUGUCAGACACUUGGCAUCGGAUUCUUUUAAUCCCUGUCGCUGGAGGAGUUAUUGUUGGAAUGAUGCAUGGCUUGGUUGAAAUAUUGGAGCAAAUAAGGCAGAACCUUUCUUCUCACAGAAAAGGUUUUGAUUUGGUCGCAGGAGUGUUUCCUACAGUGAAAGCCAUUCAGGCAGCUGUUACUUUAGGUACUGGUUGUUCUUUGGGUCCUGAAGGACCUAGUGUAGACAUCGGCAAAUCAUGUGCCCAUGGAUUCUCUUUAAUGAUGGCAAACAAUAGAGAAAGGAUGAAUACUCUUAUUGCAGCUGGCGCAGCUGCUGGGAUUUCUUCAGGUUUCAAUGCACCUGUUGCUGGUUGUUUUUUUGCUAUUGAAACUGUGUUGAGGCCUCUCCAUGCUGAAAAUUCACCUCCAUUUACAACUGCAAUGAUUCUGUUGGCUUCUGUAAUAUCAUCAACUGUAUCGAACACGUUACUUGGAACACAAUCAGCUUUUACAGUGCCAUCGUAUGAUUUGAAAUCUGCUGCUGAAUUACCCUUAUACCUGAUUUUGGGCAUGCUAUGUGGUGUUGUAAGUGUGGCCUUCACUCGAUUGGUCACUUGGUUCACCAAGUCAUUUGAGUUUAUCAAAGAAAAAUUUGGCCUUCAUCCUGUUGCAUGCCCUGCUUUAGGUGGUUUAGGAGCUGGAAUAAUUGCUCUGAAGUAUCCUGGAAUACUAUAUUGGGGUUUCACCAAUGUUGAAGAAAUCUUACACACUGGAAAGAGUGCUUCUGCUCCUGGAAUCUGGUUAUUAACCCAACUAGCAGCUGCCAAAGUUGUGGCCACUGCUCUGUGUAAGGGUUCGUUGCUUGUAGGUGGCCUUUAUGCACCAAGUUUGAUGAUUGGUGCAGCUGUUGGUGCUGUAUUUGGAGGUUCAGCUGCAGAACUUAUCAAUUCAGCCAUUCCAGGAAAUGCUGCCGUUGCCCAGCCACAGGCAUAUGCAUUGGUUGGAAUGGCUGCUACGUUAGCAUCAGUUUGUUCAGUGCCCUUGACAUCAAUUCUACUUCUGUUUGAGUUGACAAAAGAUUACAGGAUAAUCCUUCCCCUCAUGGGAGCUGUUGGGUUAGCGAUAUGGGUCCCAUCUGUGGCUGACCAUGGCAAGGAGAAUGAAAAACCUGGUGCUCAUAGUUUGGCUAGAGGUUAUUCUUCUCUUUCAAACGAUACUGAUGAUGAAGCAAUCAAUGAAGAUUUGCUUGCAGAAAAUCUCAAGGUUUCUAAGGCCAUGUCAAAGAACUAUGCAAAGGUUUCAUUAAGCUUAACAUUGAAAGAAGCUAUAAAAUAUAUGCAUGACAGUAAACAGAAUUGCUUGCUCGUUGUUGAUGAUGAAGAUUUACUGGAAGGAAUACUAACAUAUGGCGACAUCAGACGGCUGUCCAAGACAUCUAGCGAUGCUUCCACGGGUGAUUCAACAAUCAUAGAUGUAAAUACCUGUCUUGUUUCUACUGUUUGCACCCGGGAGAUAAGGUACCGAGGUCAAGUUCGUGGACUUUUGACAUGUUAUCCUGACACUGAUUUGGCAAUUGCCAAGGAUUUGAUGGAGGCCAAAGGCAUCAAGCAGUUGCCUGUGGUUAAGCGUAGUGGAGGCUCUCAAAAAGAUUGGAAACGAAGGAUUGUUGCUAUCCUUCAUUAUGACUCAAUCUGGAAUUGCCUCAGAGAGGAGAUAGCUCGGAGGGGACGAGUCCAUCAGAACAGAAAAGAGGAUGAUAUUGAGAUGAUUGAAAACGGGCAUUAAUGUGGUGAUGGAAGUGCUAGGCAAGUCUCAGAGUUUUGUGCACUGCCGCAGCAGAAGACAGGUUGAAAGAGAGACCGGAUAGCUGGAUGUCCGUAUUUUGGAAUUAAUCCAAGUCCACAGAUGAUCAGUAUAUAUUUUUUUGAGUCUCUUGGCUUGCAGGCUCAUAAUUAAAUAUUAUGUGGUGGGUUUUCCCCAUGCACAAAUAGCACCUUGGAGAUGUAAUAUCCUAGAUACAUUUCAAUGUCCACAGCAUGAUUGAAGUUUAAAAAAAAUAAAUAAAAAAAAAGGAAGAAAAAGGAAAGGGAGAUACAGGAGGCUGAUAGUUCAACGUUAA